CAUAGAAACGAAUUUAUCUCGAAAAUUAUUGUUACGGUCUUCGGUUAACCGGUAAUUUCCGACAAAAUAAUAGCAACACUGCUUUGGUCGCCAUUAACAAACGUCCAUCCGUUUCGGACUUUCAGCGGAUUUUUAUACAACACGGACAUUUAGAAAUAAUUAAGUGAAUCUCGGACACUCCGGACCUUGUGUAGUGAAACUGAUGUGAUUUAUUUUGAUAUUGUCGUGUCUAAAGACUUCCACAAGUGCUCUAUAUUCUCAAAAUCGCGGCCAAUGUCAGCAGGCGUGUCAGAUCAGCGGAUGAAAGGGCAAGGGAACCAAGUGACAAAUGCACCGAAAGAGCAACAUUUAGAGAGCGGCGGCGACGAGCUGGCAGAGGUGUCAUGGCGCCACCAGCAACAGCCUUCUUAUGCGCCACCCAUCUCGUCAGCGGCCGAUCCCUACAGCGUGGCAGGUUAUUACGGUACAACAGCACUUCCUUAUCAAGCUUUUGGAGUCGGGGAUGGGACAUGGUCCACCAAUGGAACAGACCCGAUGACUUUCGGAGGAUACAAUCCUCACGAUUCUUAUGGAAUGGAUGGUGUGUUUGGGCCCUCAACGACACCAUUUUCGACCGCUGCAUUCGGUCAACCAGCGUCAACUUUUAAUUAUUUUCACGGUAAUGGCGACUAUUCAACUUGGGGACAACUCGGUCGCGCGAAGCAGUAUGAUGAUUAUUAUAGGGCCGACGGCCUUUACGUGCCGGACGGCAUCAAAGCUGUGGAGAGUGGCGUGCAGUCGCUCUCGCUCGGCGAACACAAAUCGGAGAAGGAUCGCCCUCCGGAGCUCAAGGACGUGUCGGGUGGCUCUCAACCCAAAAAGAUGACAUGGGCAUCUAUCGCCAGCCAGCCCGCCAAGCCCGCGCCCUCCACCCAGGGCGGCGCAGUAAAGAAGAAGGGGCCUGGCAUGCCUCCUCCGCCGAUAGUGCCCGGCAAGCACAACAUGGACAUCAGCACGUGGGACGCAGGCAAGAGCGCGCCGGUGGUGACGGCUCCGCCACCGCCGCCGCUCGCGCCCCCGCCCGUGCCGGCCCCGCUGCCCAUGCCGGCCGCCGCCCCGAGCGCGGCGCCGUCGGGCGGGCUGCAGGCGCGCGCGCCCCCGCAGCACGCGCCCCCGCCCGCCUGGGCGCACCCGCCGCGCGCGCCCCCGCCGCAGCACGCGCCGCACGCCCCGCCCCCGCAGCACGCGCCCCGCCCGCCGCUGGUGGCGCCGCCUGUGGCCGUGCCGCCGCCACCCACCGCGCCGCCUGUGCCGCACCCAGUGCUCGACGAGCUACGCGUUAAAAAUGAUUACAAUCCUAAAGAAUUUGACUUAAGUGCACCCCUUGCUCGGUUCUUUGUGAUUAAAUCGUACUCUGAGGAUGAUAUCCAUCGCAGUAUCAAGUACGAGAUUUGGUGCAGUACCGAGCACGGCAACAAGCGCCUCGAUGCAGCUUUCCGGGAGCGCGAGCGGGAGGGGGGUGCCGUAUUUCUGUUCUUUUCAGUGAACGGCAGCGGCCAUUUCUGUGGAAUGGCCCGUAUGACUAGUGCGGUCGAUUACAACUCCAACUCGAACGUAUGGUCGCAGGACAAGUGGAAAGGACAGUUUCGUGUAAGGUGGAUCUAUGUUAAGGACGUUCCGAACGUGCAACUGCGUCAUAUCAAAUUAGAAAAUAACGAGAAUAAGCCGGUGACGAAUUCUCGCGACACUCAGGAAGUGCCGCACGCUAAAGGGCUGCAAGUGUUACGUAUUAUGCACUGCUAUUGUCAUUCGACUUCUAUUUUUGACGAUUUCAUUCAUUAUGAGAGGCGUCAGGAGGAAGAGGAUUCGCGAAAGGUCCCUCAUCACAGCAACCAGGACAAUAAUCGUGACGACCAUGACAACGGUCGCGGGUACCGAAACUACCGAGACUAUCGUGAUAAGCGAGACGGACGCGAUGGGCGCGACCCUCGCGACGGCCGAGACGGGCGAGAUGGUCGCGAGCAGCGUGAUAGUCGUGACGGUCGCGAUGGGCGGGACGGGCGUGACGGUCGCGAUGGUCGGGACCACCGGGACGCGCGUGACGUACGUGACGUGCGUGACGUGCGAGACCCGCGCGACCACCGCGACUCCCGCAGCUACCGCGACCCUCGCGACGCGCUCGACCUGGACGACGACGGCCCGCGGGACUAUAACGACCAUAACGAUCGUAAUGACUCAGGCAUGUAUCGUGACGGUCCGCUGUCGAACAUGUAUCGCGACCGAGAUUACAACAGGCCUCGCAAGGACCGAGACGGUUCGCGCGGGCGUGGUCGUCCUCGCAAUUGAUUGAUGUGCUCGCUAUGUGAAGACAAUGAGGACUGGCUUCUCCCCAUAGACAACUAGUAGUCGACUAAUUGGUACCGCAUUACAUAGACGUAUGUAGAGUGGACAUACAUAGACAGCAAAGAGGAAUUAUGUCCUACGACGUGACCGGCGGUUGUUGCGUUCCAACCUGAACAAUUUUAAUGUAACAUAGAUAUUAUUAAUUGUUUUAAACAGUGCAUCGCUAAAAAACUUUCAACAAAUUAAAAUGUGCUAAAUAAUAUUCGUACUGGAAGAACGUUUAAUGAAACAAACGCCUAGUGAACAGAACAUUAAAUAUUAUAUACCAACUGUCGUCAUGUACUUGUAACGCGCUAUGUGACGAUGAGUGGAAUUGUGGACUUUAUUUCAAAUUUGUGGACUGAAUCGAUAAAAUAUAGUAAUUUUUAUAACUAGAAAAUUCUGUGGUGAGAGGAGUUGAUCCUAUGGUUUAGGGACUGGUGAAGUUUCAGAAACGGUGAUACAAGUAUCUACAUUGUGCGCUGACUGAGUGUUACGAUACCUCGGCAUCAAGUGUCUAUAAUAUUCAUUAAAUAUAUGGAGAGCUGAUAAUAUCAGUGGUGACUUAUAACUUUUAUAUUGCAGAAAUUGUAAUCAAAUAAGGUGUGGACCUUUUGUAUAAAUUUUUUUAUAUCAAUAUAAUGGACAGUUAUGUAAGAGUUCUCUCGUGGCAUUGAGUUUAGUCUUACUCCAUGUGCUGGCUUUACCUGUUUUACUUUUAUUUUCGAUACGAUGAUAUUACAUGUUUGCAAACAGUAUGUUAGAUAUUGCAAUAUGGAGUAAAUUGAUACCUAUAUAUCUUUAUCAAUUACUAUGUGCAAUCAUUUGAGAUGAAACUGAUCACAUAAUUAUUUCUAAGUUGUAGGUAUGUAUGGAUUGUUCCUUGUUGAAUUUUUUUAACAUGUGUACAUAUAUAUUAUAAAAGAACUCUUAAAAUAUUUUCUACUUUUAAGUGAAACUACAGUGUGACGAGAGAAAUUUGAUGACAAACAGCAGGAAAUUUCCAUUAUAACUUGUUCUGACCUUAAUUAUAUUUUUAUUCAUGUAUCAUUACUCCCCCACCUUAAUUUUAAAGUGCCUUUUCGUUUACAAUAAAUUAAAUAUUUUAAAUCUGUUCUUGAUUUGUGUAGACGUCUAGUAGUAGUGCCACAAUGGUAUUUUAUUAAUACCAUCAAUUAAUUUCUAGUUAAUUUUGCUAAUGCAUUCUAGAUAUGUCCUUUGUUUUACAUAUUUUUUUAGUUUGUAUUCUGUUUUAGUAAGGAAAAUGAAUUCCUUCUUAACAUGUGAAACAUUGAUUUUAAAAUUAUGUACCUUCUAUAUGAAAUUCUCUUACUUAGAAGUGAUACUGGAUUAAAGCCUGUCAUUGAA